ACCCACUACUGUCAUAGAGUCCAAUCUAAGCCAGUCCUCCGGCUCGUUUCUCACGGAUGUCGCCGCCAAAGUGACGUCAUGGUAGAGGCGCCGGAAGCGGUAGUCUUAGCACCAUAGAGACGGGAGGAGCCGCCCGGAGUGACCCGAGAGAAGAGAGACCCCCGGAGUGGCCCUUCAGCAGAGACACCCGGGAGCGAAAGGACACUGGAGGGGCGCCCCAGCCGCGCUACGGGAUCCCAGACACCCCGGAAGUAGCUAUAGAGAUUGUCCUGUAACCGACCGGAGAAGAAAGGACCCUUGUACAGCCGUAUAGUGAGCCCCAAGCUGAGUGACCCCCAACCAGGGAGACCCCGCAAACUGACACCACAGAGCCCGGCAGAGGGCGUGCCCCUGUGUCUGGAGCUCAAUAGGUCACUUAUUUUCAACACCCUUAUUUUGAGAUUUGCCGAGACUGGCUGCCCACUCAAAAAUUGGGAGACAUUAAGUAUCCCUACAGGAGGUGCAGGAUUGUAAAGCAGUGUUAUCCUAGCAAACAUGCCAUUUCCCUUUGGGAAGUCCCACAAGUCUCCUGCAGACAUAGUGAAGAAUCUGAAGGAAAGUAUAGCAGUACUGGAGAAACAGGACAUAUCGGACAAGAAAGCAGAGAAGGCAACUGAAGAAGUGUCUAAAAACCUGGUGGCCAUGAAGGAGAUCCUGUAUGGAACAAACGAGAAGGAACCUCAGACGGAAGCUGUAGCCCAGCUAGCUCAGGAAUUGUACAACAGUGGCCUCCUGGGGACUCUUGUGGCUGAUCUGCAGCUCAUAGACUUUGAGGGAAAGAAAGACGUGGCUCAGAUCUUCAACAAUAUUUUACGAAGGCAGAUUGGAACACGAACCCCAACAGUGGAGUAUAUAUGCACCCAGCAGAAUAUUCUCUUCAUGCUAUUGAAAGGGUAUGAGUCCCCAGAAAUCGCUUUGAACUGUGGGAUCAUGCUGCGAGAAUGUAUCAGGCACGAGCCACUUGCCAAGAUUAUUUUGUGGUCCGAGCAGUUUUAUGACUUCUUCCGAUAUGUGGAGAUGUCAACGUUCGAUAUUGCAUCAGAUGCCUUUGCUACAUUUAAGGACCUGUUGACUAGACACAAGCUCCUAAGUGCUGAAUUUCUUGAGCAGCAUUAUGACCGGUUCUUUAGUGAAUACGAGAAGUUGCUGCAUUCCGAAAACUAUGUUACAAAGAGACAGUCAUUGAAGCUACUUGGCGAACUUUUGUUGGACCGACACAACUUUACCAUCAUGACAAAGUAUAUCAGUAAACCCGAGAACCUCAAGCUGAUGAUGAAUCUGCUGCGAGAUAAGAGCCGCAACAUUCAAUUUGAAGCUUUCCAUGUAUUUAAGGUAUUUGUAGCCAACCCGAACAAAACGCAGCCUGUACUGGAUAUCCUUCUCAAGAACCAGAGCAAACUCAUUGAAUUCCUCAGCAAGUUCCAGAAUGACCGCACUGAGGACGAGCAAUUUAACGAUGAGAAAACCUACCUAGUGAAACAGAUUCGGGACCUGAAGAGACCCGCACAGCAAGAGGCCUGAAGUGGAAGGGGGGAGGGGGAGGAAGGAGCCCAAACCCAGCAUUUGCUGCGAGAGUAUUCAGCAUCCCGUGGACUUUGCAAGCAACGUGCUCACUUCUACCCCGAACAGUUUCACCUUAUUCCAUUGCAUUUGAAUUUUUAGUCUGAGUGUAACAGAUUCCCUGAAUGGAAGAACCUGGGUGCUGCUCUAUCAUUUUGCAGCUCAGAGGCUAAAAGAUAAAAUGCAUAACUACCUUAUGUUCUUUCUUUUCUCCCUUGCACCUUUAUAGAGAUGGAUUUGUCUCCCCCUUCUUUCCUCCAUGUUGCAUCAACACGGGAUUGAGACUCGCUCAUUAUCACAGUGUCAGGGCAGAAAAGUUAAUCGAAACAGAAGAAAGGUCUUAAAAAUCUCGAGCGAGUGUAUAGUUACUAAUCUGGGUUUUGGAUAAGAUGGCAUAUAUGUAGUUAAUAUUUUCUCUCCUUUUUUUAUUUUUAAUUAUUUUUUAUUUUUUGUUAUUGCAUCGCAACGCAUUGCAUGCUUGCAGGGAAAACAAAAUUGUCAACAGGAAAAUCUGGUACCCAUCAGCAUAUUUGCACAUAAACUUGUUGGAAAAAAAAAAAAAUUGAGCACAAAAUUUGAUCUGUGCAUAGCCUGGUACCUUAGUUUUAAAACAACAAUAUGCCUUGAUUUCAAACCGAAACAACCAAUAAAAUGCAACAGUGCAGUGCUUUUAUGUGUAAUGCUGGGGAACGGUGUGGAUUGCUCCGUAGGGGAUUGAGAGGAAUGGAUGGUUGGGUAUGCAGUCAAUGUGUAUUUUAAAAGUAUGGCUUGGGAUGAGCUUACUGCAGAGGGCUUUAUAUGUAAAGAUGAGUGUACAUUCAUUAUAUAUGCCUUUCAGUUGCUUUUUUUAUUGCUUUCCUCGGCAGAGUGUUUAGUUUAGUAGACGUAUAAGGAGGUUUAGAGGACUAGCAGCAUCUUAUGUCCUUGGCUCGAUGCAUUUAUCAGAUCGUAACCAGUGCUAUGUACUAAUGACUUGGUGCAGAACGCAUGAUUGAAACACUGUUCUAAAUAUCUUUUAUUGUGUGCCUGUUUUGGAACAUACCAUAUCAAAACACAUGCUACAAUCCCAAUUUGUACAUAACCUAGGGGGGAUUUAGACUGGAAGUCACCAGUUGUGGUUUGGUGUUGCUCACUGAUGUGAAGCUUAGUGUGGCCAUGCUCGGACAGGCUUGGUUUGUCACACUUUCACGUUUGAACAUAACAUGCUGCUUUAACAUGGGCUUUGCUUCUCUAACACUCAGUUCUGAGAGAUCCUCAGGCAGCUGGCUGGAAGGCCAUGUGUGACUUAUUGAUUCACCUUGAGCACACAAACUCAGUAUGGCACACAUCCCUCUUUCACUAUAGGACACACUGCAACUAGGAGUGUGUAGUUGGCCCUGCAUGACUGCCAAUGUCUGGUCUGCCAAAGCUGUGCACAUAGUGUUGGAGAGUUUGUGCAUUUAUGAGAAGUCACUUGGUCUUGAGUGGUUUAAUGUGGCCAUAGGUUUGCAGAUGUAGGUUAUGGUGGACGUGUGCCAUGGGGAAUGAUGCAUGGGUAUGGGUGUCUACAGCAAAGAGUUUUAAUGCAGAGUGUCUGGGUGUGGAGUGCAGCCGAGUAUUCUAAUAUUCCUGUCUAUCUCCUAAGCUUGCAAUACGUGUUAUUGUAAUCAAAGUAUUAAGCCACCUGGACAAAGAACACGCCAAGUUCUAGAACCGCUUUAAAUAGGAGACUUGACAAAACAUCAGUUGUUCCUGCAUAAAAUGAGGAAUUCGAUGCCAGGUGCAUGUAGCUGGGACUGUGCACACCAAGUAAUCACUGUCGCUGUGAUUGUCUUGAUGCCCCCCCCUCCCCCAGAUCUCCUCUGGAGAAUGCUGAAACCAAAGCCUCAGGUAAAGGGGAAACGCUGCACUUCAUGCAGAUUUGCUUUGGGUUUCUUUGGAUUCUCUGUGUACAUACGUUUUUGGCCUCUUAUUCAUAAAGAAAAUAAAUAAACUGUACAGCAAA